AAAACUAAAUGAGGUAAAUGUCAAAUCGCAAGCAUAUUAUACUUUUAUUCUCUUGUCAAUUCCUGAUGUGCGACACAAUCUGUUUCGUAUAUUGACUUUUUUCUAAUGCUGUGGAGUUCUCCAUUAUCGUAAUAUAAAAGGGUAAAACGUGAAAGCACCUAACACUACUUUAAUGAACUCAGUUCGGAUAAUCUAUGUUAUCCAUUUUAGUACUGGGAUUUACUUUAGAUGUAUUCUCUUCAGCAAUGCAGUGGCCAAAUUGCUUUAAAUAUUAUUCAAUCUAGUGUAAGAUCUUCAAUAAUAUAGUUUGUCAUCUUAGACCUGUAUCGUUUCAUCCAGAACAGCUAAUAGAAAUACCGUUUAGCGAUUCUGUGAAGUUCAUUCAGUUGUGUGCAUUUUAGUGUGUGUGAACGUAAUGUGGUCUUUUUUCUCACGCGAUUCGUCUAAAGACUUCCCUUAUGAAAUUGGUGAUCCAGUGCAACAGUUCAACACCAAGAGUAUCUGGAGUCUGUUCCGUGGCAAACGAAAAGGUUCAAACGAUGAGGUGUCGGUCUUUACCUACGAUAUCAAAAAUGGUUCAGAUAUUAAGCUGGAACUAGCUAGGGCCGCACUUAAGCGGCUCAAAACGCUCCGCCAUCCCAGCAUAUUGCAAUUUCUGGACAGUCUGGAAUCCGACAAAGUCUUAUACGUGGCAACCGAACCGGUCGAGCCUCUAGGAACACAUAUCGGCAAUCUAGCUGCUCAAGGACCUCAGCGCGAUUUGUAUUUGGCCUGGGGUAUAUUUCAAAUCACGCGUGCAUUAUCAUUUCUAAAUAAUGAUGGCAACCUGAGACACAACAAUGUAUCGAUAUGGUCGGUAUUUAUCAAUACAUCAGGCGAAUGGAAAUUGGGUGGACUGGAGUACGUAUCCUCGGCUGAAUUACCUGUUGUCCCACCGAUAAAAAUACCACCUUCUUUGGAAAUUUAUGAUCCACCGGAAAAGAAUGACGCUAGCAAAAUAAAAACGGCUACAAAAUGUUCGAGUGACAUGUGGGGUCUCGGUUGUCUGGUGUGGGAAUCCUUCAAUGAACCUUUGAAAACACGAGGACACCUUAAAAAUAUCGAAAGGAUCCCAAAAUCGUUAGCUCCAUUAUAUUGUGAACUUGUUGGUGCCACACCUGCUAAUCGACCAAAUCCCGCUGAUGUUAUCACCAAAUGUCGCAAACCUGGCGGAUUCUUCAAAAAUGACUUAGUUGAUUCCUUACUUUUUCUGGAAGAAAUUCAAAUCAAAGAUAAGAUUGAGAAGAUGCGAUUUUUUAGCUCCCUCACUGCGCAAAUAGAUAAUUUUCCUGACAAUGUUUGUAGGUACAAAAUUCUUCCGCAACUUAUAACAGCCUACGAGUACGGUGAUGCUGGUUCUGCUGUUUUAGCUCCAAUGUUUAAGUUGGGUCGGCUUUUAGACGAAGGCGAAUAUCAGAAGCGAAUAGUGCCAUGUGUAGUCAAGUUAUUUGCUUCAACUGAUCGUGUAACGCGCUCACGUUUGCUACAGCAACUCGAUUUGUUUAUUUCGCACUUGCAACCAAAUGUAGUGAAUGAUCAAAUCUUUCCUCAAAUUGCACAUGGUUUUCUAGAUACUAAUCCGACUAUCAGGGAACAAACCGUGAAGUCAAUCAUCCAUUUAGCGCCUAAACUUAGUUAUAACAACCUGAAUGUAGAAGUGUUGCGUCAUUUUGCUCGACUUCAGUCGCGAGACGACCAGGGCGGUAUUCGAACAAACACCACUGUUUGUCUUGGUAAAAUCGCACCCCAUCUACAUCCACAAGUGCGGCAACGUGUACUUGUGUCUGCCUUUAUUCGAGCUAUGCGUGAUCCAUUUCCACCGUCGCGAGUAGCAGGAAUAUUAGCUCUCGCAGCUACUCAGCAGUACUUUUUGUUGAAUGAAGUUGCUAUACGUAUACUACCAGCACUUUGCCCACUUACAACAGACCCUGAGAAAUCGGUCCGCGAUCCUGCCUUCAAAACACUCCGUGGAUUUUUGGGCAAGCUGGAAAAAGUAUCAGAAGACCCCAGUCUACGCGAGAGCAUGGAGGCUGAUGUUCAUACAGCGACUCCGUCGCUCGGUAAUGCUGCUGCAACAUGGGCUGGGUGGGCAGUGACAGCAGUUACUGCCAAAUUCUACCGCAGUCAAAGUGAUACUGCCCGACCGAAGCCACCACUUACGGGUAAAACCUUGAGUAAGCCUGCUUCUUUGGAACAACCUUCUAGCAGCAGUAUUUCGACCACAACUAGUAGCGUUACCUCCAUGACUUCGCUAGAACACGAGAGCGCUGAUACAUCUGCAUCGGUAAGCGACUAUGGUCCGGACAAUUGGGAUCAGGAAAACUGGGGUGAUAUGGACACGUCUCAGGAUCCAAGUAGUCCAAUGACUGGAACAUCGAAUCAACCAAACUCGAAUCUCAACAUGAUCGGCAGUGUUAGUGAUGUGCGCGAUGGUUGGGACAACGAAGAUUGGGGAAGUCUAGAGGAAGAUCCGAAUGAAACUGAACUAAAUGAAAAAGAUGAAGAUGAGCUUAAUCAGGUGCAGCCAAAGGAUGAAUUUACUACGAAUAACCCGACCGCUAUCUUAACAGAUUUGGUAUUAUCAAUCAACAAUAGUCAUACUGACAGUUCGUACAAUAUGGGACGAGCCGGUGGUGGUAGUAGCAGUAACAAUAGUACGACGAAUACGAUAAGUUCUUCAUUGACGGAAAACACAGUAAAAGCAGUUACCACCAACAGCAACAGCAGAAGUACAUGCAACAGUACUAAUGCAAAUAACAGUAAUAAUAACAGCAUCAACAACCAAGGGAAUCAUAUCAACAGUCCUAGCAAGAUGAUUGCGCUCAAGAAUAUGAACAACCUGAUCAACAUCAGUAGUAGUAAUAGCAAUCAACUCUCUGAUUGGAAUAACAUAGACGACACGGGAGCUGGAUGGGGUGACGGUGAAUUUGAAACGCUGAACGAAUCAAGUGCAGGAAAUACUAAAAUGGAUGAAGCUCGCCGAAAACGUGAGGAUAAAAAAAUACAGCGGCAACGUGAAUUGGAAGCAAAACGAGCACAUCGCACUAGUUCUUGCGGAGGCGCGAUGAAGUUGGGUGCCAAAAAAAUUUAAUCAUAUUUUACGAAGGUUGAGGGUAAUGAUCUCUCAAAACGAUUGAUGCAAACAAAUUUUAGAUUCUUCGAGAAUCCCGCAGUAUGGUAGAUUCUCGAAUAUCUUUCGAUUUGCAUCAAUUAUAUGAAAAAUCGUCCGAGAGAAUCCAAGUAUAAUAACUGACCUGAAUAACCAUAGGUAACUUACAUUGAAUGUAAAUGAAUGAGUUAUGAAGUGAUAAACAUAUGCAAAAAAAAAAAAAAAAAAGUAGGUUAAUAAACUAACACAGGUGUGCAAAUCGAACAAAUUGCACUUUUCUUGAGAAACAGUAUGGAACUUAGCGAAAAAACAUUUUCAACUUCUCGCAAAAGCCUUUUUAGAUGAUUAAAAUAGGAAGAUAUUUAUAAGACCUACAAGUUUACAAUGCGUAUAUAAAUAAAUAAUACACCCGUUUCCAGGUACAUUCGAAUCUCGCGUCGAUUUGCAUCAAAUCACGUGCCGCUUGCUUCGAAUCGCAAGCUGCUUCGAUUGAAUGCGUGCCGCUACGGUUUAAUCGCGUGUUGUUAAUGGGCCCCUUCACGAUUCUAGUCAGCUUUUUAUAUGGAGUUUGACAGUUGGAGGCCUGAAUCAUGUAAACACUCCAUACAAAACCACACCCAAACCUGCGAUUUUCAGGCCACAUUAUUCUAUUUGUGGGGUUGGCUUUCAGUGACUUAUGAAUUACCUCCCAUUGCAUGAUAUUCAGUCCUACGUAUGGCGGCACGUUCCAUUUGGGGCUUGAACCCAUGACGAGUAUGUUGUUACAGAGUUUUCAUAGCCAAUUCGAUAUUGUAAACUAUUUAUCGGUUUUCGUCAAGUGUGACUUUGGCGUUCGUAAACGUUGUAAACCCUCAAUUGGACGCAGUCAACUCUAUUCUUUAUUGUAAAUUAUGAAACAGUUGUUGUUAAGUUUGAAUCCGGCGUACUCGGUAUUUUUUUUAGGAUUUUAUUGUUUUGGGGCCAAAAAAUAAAGAAGAAUUGUUUGUGUCUUGUGUAAAUAAUUAUAAUUAAGUAAAAUAAUAUAAUUUUAUUAAUAAUUUUUAAGUUACUUAAUAAUUACUAAACCAAUGUUGACGGCAUACAUUAUACAAGCAGGAAAACGAUACAAAUUUGAGAAAAAAAAAUCGAAAUUUAUUUAUAUUAGCUUAUUUACAACAUAUUUAUAACUUGAGAUAACUUUUUCGUAUUUAGAUGCAUAAAAAAAAGUACCUAGUUAAAAAAAUUAAAAUAAUAAAUGCAAACCGUAACCAUAGGAUUAUAACUCACAUAUUUCAUGUAACUGAAAAAUUUUUUAUAAACUAUGUUAUUUUACCUAAUUACAGUUAACAUCCAAACAAUUCCUUGGAAGCUUUAUGGUACCAAAACAAUAAUAUUCCAGAAAAAAACUGAGAACGCUGGAUUCAAUCUUGACAACGACGUUUCAUAAUUUACAACAUCAGAAUAGAGUUGACAGCGUCUAAUCGAGGGUUUGCGAUGCCAAAGUCACACUUGACGAAAAUCGAUAACUAGUUUACAAUAUCGAAUUGGCUAUGAAAACCCUGUAAGUCGUACGAGUUGGCGACUGUACCACGAUACCAGCUUUCGCAAUCCGAAGUCGAAGCGAUAAAAAUCAAACUUCUAAAUGCAUACACCUUGGGAUAAGCCUACCCGAAUAUCAUAGCCAAUUUGAUAGCUGCUCGAAAAGUGCUAUAAAUACAAACAACUGACAUUUCAGCAUACGAUGUAGAAACGGAAAGAACCCAAUAUUGAGUUUUUAGCAGCUGGAGAAUGAUAAUGUGCAAAAGCAACGCAAAUUUUGACUUAUUUAAUACGGGUUUAAAACUCAGUUGUAUAGCAUAAAUUCCUUAAAUGUGCAAAAUUUUUAACGAAGCUUAGAACCUCACGAAGAUAUCUUGGUAUACAGAACAAUUAGAUAGCUAGAUUUCUAAAAGGCAUCUAAGGCCGCAUGGCCAUGUGGUUUCUCAACGCUCUUUUUCAUAGGCAUUCAUUGUGAAUUUCUCAACGAUUGUGAAUCGACACAAAAUCGUUUUGAGAAUCUCUGAAAAAGUUGACGAUGCAGCGAUGGUCUAUUUGAAACAUGAGCAAAUAUGCUUUUUUUGUAGGUAAAAUACCUUCAAUAUUUAAAAAAAAUGUGUCGGACGUCAAAAAAUACCUUCAAUAUUUGCCAUUGGAAAAGGAUUAAAAAAUAAGCGAUCUAACAAAUAAAAACUUAUUUUCUAUGAAAGCUCCAAAUAAAGCUUGAGUGGCAAUAUCAGUUUCACAGAGUGAGAAAAAUUGA